AUGAUCCAUGAUCCUGAUGGCUGGGAAGUAGUUUCAGAGCGUCAUCCGGAGCAAUCGUCCGGAUCCGGUGUAUCUCAUGAAUCGCAACUUUCGCAAGAACCUCUAAAACUAGCCUCCUUGGUGCCUCAUACACGCCCGCUUGAAUCACCUUCAGCAGCAGCAGGAUCGUCGAUUUCAACAGAAACUGCCCAUUCUUCACAAUCAGCAACAGCACAGAACUUGACGGAAUUUCGUUCACCCGAUGAAGUGGAAGCAAAACUGGAAGAACUGCCGGCCAGGAGUCCCAGCACAAGCGGUUUCGAUGUUGUGAAGCUGUUUGUCUCGGAAUACGAAGAUGCAGUGGAAUACUUGCAAAAAGUAAUGCGUCAUCCAGAGCAAUCGUCCGGAUCCGGUGUAUCUCAUGAAUCUCAACUUUCGCAAGAACCUCUAAAACUAGCCUCCUUGGUGCCUCAUGCACGCCCGCUCGAAUCACCAUCAGCAGCAGCAGGAUCGUCGAUUUCAACAGAAACUGCCCAUUCUUCACAAUCAACAACAGAACAGAACUUGACGGAAUUUCGUUCACCCGAUGAAGUGGAAGCAAAACUGGAAGAACUACCGACCAGGAGUCCCAGCACAAGCAGUUUCGAUGUUGUGAAGCUGUUUGUCUCGGAAUACGAAGAUGCAGUGGAGUACUUGCAAAAAGUAAUGAAACGUCUUCCGGGUCGGCGUCGUCAACAGUUUUUGAAUAUUUUGGGACGGCUUGACCGUAUAGCGGAGAAAAAACCCAGAGCACCGAGACCUAGUAAACGCAGUGCACCGGAGCCAGUGCCGAGACUCUCGGCUACACCAAGACCUACCGUUGCAAGACGUUCAGCUUUAACACCCUCAUCGUCAGGACCGCCCAAGGCUAAAUUGGAUUUGGCCGAUAACGAUGUAUAUAACAAUCUGUUGCGGUGCCUUGCUUUGUACAGCAAAAGCAUCAUAUCGAAAAAUGAACUCCUAGAACUUCUGGAUUAUUUCGUCGGGUACUGA